AUGAAGGAUGAAAGCCAAAAGUGUGUGUUCUCGAAGAGUGAGGUCGAGCUGGAAGAAGAAUGUGGAAUCUGUAUGGAGAUGAAUAACAUGGUUGUGCUUCCAAACUGUACUCAUUUUUUGCGAGGGAGGUCAAAGUCAUGUCCUUCCUGUAGAGACAGCCUUAAAAGAAUGGACUCAGGUGAUCUCUGGAUGUUCUUGGACAAAAACGAUACUGUGAAUCCCUGUGCAAUCGUGAGAGAGAAUCAGAGGCGGUUGUUUGUCUACAUUGAGAAGUUACCACUGGUGGUUCCGGAUCAAGCGCUUGUCUCUUCUCCUUACUAUUACCAUGUGAGGUGA